AUGCUUUCUCCACAGAACCUCAAGCUGCCGAAAAUCUACUCCUCAACCAUCACCCAAACAUCAACUUCCUAUCCUCAGCCACACCAAUCCCAUCAUUUCCAAAGACCGUCUCACUCAGCUCCCUCAAACAAGCCCAACGACAGUCUGAGCUCCACUUCCUAUCGAACUUCAUCAACCCACAACAGAACUCAAGUCCAUCCAUCAAAUCAGCUCAACAACAACAACCAGAAGAACAACCAGAAGAACCAGAACAGCAAGACGAUCAACCUAACAACCAACUGGCUGCUUCUACCCUCAGAUUCAUCGACCAGCCAUCGGCCGAUCAAUCCUCAAUGAUCGCCUUACCAUACCCGAAUCCUGACCUAUCAACCAUCACCAGUCAUAAUACUCUCAUCGACUCAGACAGUCAACCCAAUCCAACACCAGCACGCCGGAUCUCUGCCCUACCAAGUCGCGCGCAAACUCCUUUCAAAUUAUUCAAGCCUCAGCCAUCCCCCUUAGCAGCUCAAUCGACCCAACAGUUCGAGAACCAACAUUUCCAAUCACCCACCUCUCAGCACAUCCGCUCUCCUCUCACUAAUAAAUCAACCAACAGAUCAUCCUUAGCUAAUGCGCUUUCCUCCCCCAAAGAUGCAAAGAGCUCUUCUCAUCCAGAAGCAGCCACCUCUCCUCCUAGGG